AUGAACCUGUACUGUACCUGCGAGACGCCGUCGUGUGAAUGGUUCAACAUGGUGACAAAACGUGCCCACCUCGCUUACGAGUGGCUGAAAUUCCGCAUCAGCUCACCAGCCAUACAAAUCAUGCCCAUGACGACGCGAUCACCGGAGCUCCUUGCAGAGCCAAGAUAUCUCGAUGGCAGCCCCUCAGACCGUGCAACUCUCUCUCUCCUCCAAUCAAUCGGCGUCUCCCUUGCCGAAUGCUCGUCCAGCUCACGCCCGAGCGAAGGAGAAGUUGCAGUGGACGUGGCGACAGACGACACGCUGCAAAACGAGCACUCGAGCGCGAGUGAUCUCGUCUACAAGGUCGUGAGUGGACGCGUGUAUUUAGACGCGCGGGAUUCGGCCGAUUGCUGGGUACGCUGCACGCUGAUUGAAGGCAUGAAGGUUACGCUGAGCUUGCACACGCUGCGCCGCUUUGUUCCUACCACGGGCGAUGCUGUGCAGCUCACGGAAAGCAGAGAAGGAGGGCGGAGUCUGUUGCCUCGUUACACUCGACUGGUAGACGCGGCGAAUCACUUGGUGCAAGUUGACGCCAAUGCAAGUCGGGAGCUCGUCUGCGAACUUUGUCGUCUUUACUAUAGUACGGGAUGGAUGACGGGCACGGGCGGCGCCAUGAGUCUGCGUCAUGGAGAACGCUUUUUUGUGACACCAUCAGGUGUCCCGAAAGAGCGUCUGCAACCAGAAGAUCUGUACGUACUAGACCUCGCAGGCAAUAUCCUCUCGUCCCCGGCCGCAAAAGCUGGCAAGAAAGUCCCUAAGCUAUCGGACUGCGCGCCGCUGUUCCUUCACAUGCACAGGGUUCGGGCGGCUGCUGUUGUACUGCACAGUCACGGCAUCACGUGCAACUUGGCGGCAGCACUGUGCGACGGUAAGAAGGAGUUCCGCAUCUCGCACCAGGAGAUGAUCAAGGGCAUUACUGGCCACGGAUAUACGGAUACCUUGGUUGUUCCCGUGAUUGACAACGCGCUGAAGGAGUCCGCGCUUGCACAGCCAAUUGCGCAGACUUUGGAGGCGUACCCCAAUACAUCUGCUGUACUGGUUUGUCGUCACGGUCUGUUUGUGUGGGGAGACUCGUGGGAGGCAGCCAAGCGCCAUGCUGAGUGCCUCCACUACCUGUUUGAGACGGCAAUCGAGAUGCGCAAGCUCAACCUAGACUUCACGGUCCCCCCUGUAUCUGCCAUUUCGAGCAACAACAGCUCUCUUGGGCGUGGGUGCACUGAUGAGUCGAGCACAGGCAAGCCAAGCAUGGCGGAGCGGCACAAGGUGGUGAUGCUGGAUAUCGAGGGAACUACGACCCCCAUUACUUUUGUGCACGAUGUGUUGUUCCCGUACGUGACAACCAACGUUGCUCGUUUCUUAGAGCAAACGUGGGGUUCAUCCGAGACGCAAUCGGAUGUCGCAGCUUUGGUCGCACAGCACAAGCAGGACGAGAUUGAUGGAGUGAACCCGCCUGCACUGAAUGCCCAGCAGGGCAAAGUGGAGCUGAUCAAGGCUCUCGCGGCUUACGUCAACUGGAACGUCGCGGCCGACCGCAAGGUCGGACCCCUGAAGCUACUGCAGGGCCACAUGUUGCUCCAAGGGUAUGAAAGUGGGGAGCUCAAGGCGUCAGUGUACGAUGACGUCCCUCCAUGUCUCGAUCGUCUACGCGCCCGCGGGGUGCGUGUGGGCAUUUACUCGUCCGGUUCGCGCCAGGCGCAGAAGCUGCUAUUCCAGUAUACGGACAAGGGCGAUCUGCGUGAGUACUUGACCGUGUACUUCGACACGAGCAUUGGCCACAAGCGCGAAGUUGGAAGCUACAAGGAAAUCGUCCUGAGUCUUGGCGUGGAUAGUGCCAAGGACGUGCUUUUCGUAACGGAUGUGAUUGAAGAGGCUCAAGCGGCUCGAGCUGCCGGACUCGACACCGUUUUGUCUGUGCGUCCGGGAAACAAACCGCUGCCGGAUUCCCAUCCCUUCCCGACCAUACGCUCGUUCAGUGAGCUCUGA